AUGCAUCCGUGUCAAAUGGUGCUGUGCGCCGGUCUGCUGGCGGUGCUGGCCCCGGGGGCUGCGGGGGCUGCGGGGGAGCAGGACGCGCCGCAGCAGCAGCAGCAGCAGCCUACCGCGUCCGCCGCGUCUGCCGCGGGCGGCGGCGGCGGCGCGCCGGACGCGGAGCAGUGCGCGAGCUGCAGCGUGCGCCAGCAGAUCAAGACCAUGCGCCUGAACGCCAUCAAGUCCCAGAUCCUGAGCAAGCUGCGGAUGAAGGAGGCCCCCAACAUCAGCCGCGACACGGUCCAGCAGCUGCUGCCCAAGGCACCGCCGCUGCAGCAGCUGCUGGACCAGUACGACGUGCUGGGGGACGACAACCGGGACGCGCUCGUGGAGGACGACGACGACGAGCACGCGACCACGGAGACGGUCGUGAUGAUGGCCACCGAACCCGACCCGGCGGUCCGGGUGGGGGGCCACCCCAAGUGCUGCUUCUUCUCGUUCGCGCAGAAGUUCCAGGCCAGCCGCGUGGUGCGCGCGCAGCUGUGGGUGCACCUGCGCCCGGCGGACGAGGCCACCACCGUCUUCCUGCAGAUCUCGCGGCUCACGCCGGUGGCGGACGGCAGCCGGCACGUGCGCAUCCGCUCCCUCAAGCUGGACGUGAACGUCGGGGUGAGCUCGUGGCAGAGCAUCGACGUCAAGCAGGUGCUGACCGUGUGGCUGCGGCAGCCCGAGACCAACCGGGGCAUCGAGAUCAACGCCUUCGACUCCCGGGGCACCGAUCUGGCCGUGACCUCCGCGGAGCCGGGAGAGGAGGGCCUGCAACCGUUCAUGGAGGUGAAGAUCUCCGAGGGCCCCAAGCGGGCCCGGAGGGACUCGGGCCUGGACUGCGACGAGAACGCGCUGGAGUCCCGCUGCUGCCGCUACCCGCUCACCGUGGACUUCGAGGACUUCGGCUGGGACUGGAUCAUCGCCCCCAAGCGCUACAAGGCCAACUACUGCUCCGGGGAGUGCGAGUACAUGCACCUGCAGAAGUACCCGCACACCCACCUGGUGAACAAGGCCAACCCCCGGGGCAGCGCGGGCCCCUGCUGCACGCCCACCAAGAUGUCCCCCAUCAACAUGCUCUACUUCAACGACAAGGAGCAGAUCAUCUACGGCAAGAUCCCCUCCAUGGUGGUGGACCGGUGCGGGUGCUCUUGAGCCGGGACUGAGACGCCCCCCCCCCCGUCCCUCCCCCC